UGUAGCAUAUGCGGCCAUGCUUUGACGAAGUGUAAACAUCACAGCUGGUCACGCUAUCAUAAUCACUCCUUUCCUCAAACUCCACAGCACCACUUUCCCUUCACUUCUCAUCUCUCUCCCUUUUCUACUGUUUUCUUCUUUCGUUGUCUUCUAAUUUCUGUACAUUUUCUACUGUUUCUAGACAUUACACGGUGAGCAAAAUCAUAGAUUGAGAGGAGAGAGAGGGUAGGAGAAGGGGAGAGAUGGGAGGGGUGACGUCAUCAAUGGCUGCAAAGCUGGCGUUUUUCCCACCGACCCCGCCGAGCUACAAGCUGAUUACCGACGACGCCACGGGCCUGCUCCUGCUGCAGCCCUUCCCCCAUCGCGAAAACGUCGACGUAUUGAAGCUCCCGACGCGGCGGGGCACGGAGAUCGUGGCCGUCUAUGUGCGGUACCCCAUGGCGAGUUCCACUCUGCUUUACUCGCACGGCAACGCGGCGGAUAUCGGUCAGAUGUACGAGCUCUUUAUUGAGCUCAGCAUUCAUCUCAGAGUUAAUCUCCUGGGAUUAUAUGGUGAUUAUGAGAGUGAAACUGAUGUGGACAGUCAAUUCCAAUAUUCCAUUGUUAUUUCCUUAGGAAAUAGCUUAUCUCUAAAGAAAUUUGGUAGGGAACUUUUUCUGUCAGUUAAUCAGAUAAUGUGUUACAUCCUCAUGUACGACUAUUCGGGCUAUGGGCAAUCGACCGGAAAGCCGAGCGAACAUAACACUUAUGCAGAUAUUGAAGCAGCAUAUAAGUGUCUGGAAGAGAACUAUGGGGCUAAGCAAGAAGACAUCAUACUAUACGGUCAAUCUGUGGGUAGUGGACCUACUGUAGACCUUGCAGCUCGUUUGCCUCAUCUGAGAGCUGUUGUUUUGCAUAGUCCUAUUUUGUCGGGCCUAAGAGUUAUGUACCCUGUGAAGCGCUCAUAUUGGUUUGACAUCUAUAAGAACAUUGACAAAAUCCCCUUGGUCAAAUGCCCUGUCCUUGUUAUUCAUGGCACUGCAGAUGAUGUGGUUGACUACUCCCAUGGAAAGCAGCUUUACGAAGUGUGCCGAGAAAAAUACGAACCCCUGUGGAUCAAGGGUGGUAACCACUGUGACCUGGAGCUGUAUCCCGAGUACAUCAAACACCUCAAAAAGUUUGUCCACACAGUAGAAAAACCUCCCUCUCAACGACACAUGUCAAGAAGAAGCAUCGACCGUCCGGAACAUUCCAGAAGGAGCACCGACAGGAGAGAAAAGCCAAGACGGAGCACUGACAGACCUGAAAAGCUGAGAACCUUCGAGUACAAGUUCCACAGCAACAAUAAUGAGGACAAGCUGUCCAAGUUAAAAGUCUCGUUUGAGCACAUGGAAAGAUCUAGAAGAAGUGUGGAGUACCACGAGAAGUCCCGGAUGAGUAUCGAUAUUCAGAUGGAGAAGGCCCGGAAGAGUGUCGACUGGCUGGAUAGGAUACGAGCCACAUGAAUCAUACAACGAGAGUUACUGUAUAUUUGUGCUGGAUGUGUAUUGUUGAAAGCAAAUAGGCAAAAGGGAAGGUUGGUUUUUAAGUUAUGGAAAUGGAUGUGUGUGUGUGUGUGUGUGUAAGUUGAUCAUUAAAAUUUGGUUUGAGGUACUUUUUCCACUUGUUCAUGUUGUGAGAGAAAAAUGAAAAUGUUGGGGGUAUAGUUCAAUUUCAAUACAAUUCAUUGGUGUUUGGGAAAGUGUUUUUGGCUUUCGUCAGCCUGUGUAAAGAUUGUCUUUAACAGGGGAUUUUAUAUUUUUCCCAUCAGCAUUUUCUGAUUAAAGUCACAGCGGAUAGAAGAAAAUCAGACGCGGGGAGACGCGGAGGGAGGCCGCACCGGCACACGAGAAGGAUAACUUUAUUCUUCUCUUUUGCUUUUUAUUUAUUAUGUUAGAGUAGAUUUUAUUUUUAGUUUCGGGAAGUCGAAUCCUACGAUUGACGAUGUUUUGAUUGAUUUAUAUGAUUGAUGAUUUCAAUAUUUUUUUGGAAUUGUUUGUG